GUUUGACGGUCGUUUGGCCAACACGUGUGUGUUGUACUGGUACAGAUACAAUCCGGACCCACUAUCCUGUGCUUUUUUCGUUUAUCGUUUCCGCAAUAAGGAUUCAAUAAAUGCACUUUUCGGUGCAUAUUUUUUUCUAUUUAAUCUGGUUAAUUAGAAAAGAUAGUUGUAUCUAAUACCAAAAUUAUUUUUUGGUUCGAAUCACGUUAAGAAAAGUUCGUUUAAAGAGGAAAAUUGUUGUGUGUAUGCGAAGAAGAUACGAAAAAAAAGAAGUGCUCAGUUACGGGAUUUUCGCAUUGGAAUUGACUUGACCAUCACCAUCAUCACCAUCAUCGUCUCUGGCAAAGAAGUGCUAAUAAAUUUUUCGAAAGUUUAAUUCAUUCAUAAACAAAAAUCAAGAAAAAGAGAUACUAGGUCAAAUAAAAGAGCAAAAAAAAGAUUUAAAUUAAAGAAUUUUUUCAUCUUCAUUGUCGCGUGUUUCGCUUUGUAUCUUAAAGAAUACGAAACACGACAUAUCUUUUAUAUUUUUUCGUCUGUUGGUUUAUUGCGAGUACUAUUAUCGGUGUGUAAUCAAACUAAACGACGGAAGUACACUCUUGCAAAGGUGGUAAAUCAAGUACAAUUGUUUUUUUUUUGUUUUUGGUUUAGCUGUUCUCAUUAUUGCCCGGCACCCAGGAAUAAACGAACACACAUAAAACAUAAAAAAGCAUAAAACAUAAAAGAAUAAUAGUAUAAUAGCGUGUAACUUGUCGCGAAACAAACGUACAGAACAUAUAAGAUUAUAAAUCUAAAAAAACAUAACAACAAAAAAAAAGAUACAAAGAGUCAUCGGUGAAAUUGCAGAUACAGACAGAGAGUCGUCAUAUACAGAGAAGAGUUGUUAAUUGGGAUAUAACAAUUUCAGACGACACAAUUCUUCGUUUAUUUAAGAGAUUCCAAGAUAGCAGAAGCUCCAGGAUGUGGAGCUCGCAGAAAGGUCCUACACGACUGUGGGACCUUAGUUUAAGUCAUUUAUUUAUUUUACAUUGUAUGAUUAGUUUAGUUCUAGCUGGUAAUGAAAUUUGGCCUCUAGAAAGGCCCGAAGGUAUGCCAACAAUUAAUUCAUUAGAGGUAAUGUGCGGUAAGGAUCACAUGGACGUCCACUUGACGUUUUCGCAACCCUUUGAAGGCAUUGUUAGUUCUAAAGGACAACAUAGUGAUCCACGUUGUGUAUAUGUGCCACCAUCGACUGGUAAAACAUUCUUCUCAUUCCGAAUAUCCUAUUCACGUUGCGGAACCAAACCGGAUCUUAAUGGACAGUUCUACGAAAACACGGUUGUCGUACAAUACGAUAAGGAUUUACUGGAAGUGUGGGAUGAGGCAAAACGGCUCCGUUGCGAAUGGUUCAAUGACUACGAGAAGACAGCCUCAAAGCCUCCCAUGGUCAUUGCUGACCUGGAUGUCAUCCAGCUGGACUUCAGAGGCGAUAACGUCGAUUGCUGGAUGGAGAUUCAACACGGCAAAGGGCCAUGGGCACCACCUGUUAGUGGAAUUGUGCCGCUGGGAUCAACUCUGACGCUCGUUGUCGCGAUUAACGAUUACCGAGGUGAAUUCGAUAUGCGCGUGAAAUCUUGUGCUGCAUCAGACGGAGCUGGUCACAUCAUAAAACUUUCUGAUGAAUUCGGAUGUGUGUUGAGGCCAAAAAUGAUUUCGCGUUUCUUGAAGGCACGUGCUCCUGAUGAGCGUGCCACAGUCAUCACAUAUGCAUUCUUCCAUGCAUUCAAAUUCCCAGAUGCUCUGAGUGUCCACAUAAAAUGUAAAGUUGAAAUCUGUCGUCAUGGCUGCCUGGACCAUUGCCAACUGAAUGAGAAUGCUCACGAACGUAAAGAUACUAUUUUGGCUAACUCAGAGAACGAUAUUGUACAUGAAACUCCGGAUGAAGGGGUGGACCAUGAUACGUUCUACGAUGAUAUUAUUCAUAAUAGGAAGCAGAUCAAACCAGUUACAGAGGAUAAUACCAAUGGGGUGAACAAUGCCAAUGUGUACGAUAAGAAUGUUAAUUUGGAACCAAGACCAGUACACGAAGAGGAUGAUGAACUAUCCCUUGAUGCGUUGUUUGGUAAUGACGAGCCUGAUGACCCUGAAAUGUUGAAGGAACAGUAUCUGGAACUCAAAAAGAAGGACGAUAAAUUCCCACAUGGUCCUCGCCUUAUUGAAGCACAGAAUCGCAUUGGAAUGCCUCCAGUAGCAGGACCUCGCUCUUUGGAACCUCGUCCAGAAGAAAUUCGACCAGUAUACCGCCCAGAAGCAUCAGGAAACCAUACGCAAAGACGAAGAAGAUCAGUCACAGUAUUGGACAGGAAAGCUCGUAGCGCUGAUGUUGGAGUCAGUGGCAUAUACGACGUCAUAUCUGAGGCCGACCUUGCAUUCAGUCCGGACUCGAAGCAAGAAGCGGUGACAGUUUUCCAAGGACGUAUCACCGAAGAAGUGGUUUAUGGAAUUUGCAUGCCCGUUCCAGGCUUCAGUAUACUUUUCAUUGUUGUAAUUUCAGCAACAAUUGUUUCAGCCCUAAUUGCUGGAUCACUAUUGUACCGGUAUCAGCUCCAGAAGGAAGCUAUAGAGAAACAGACACCCCUGCCCGCCACAACGUUUGCCUCAUGGAUGACCUUGCGCUUGUUCCGGAUGCGACACCCGACAGCAACUACAGGCACACGAGAGACAUCACAGUGACCGUGGGCAGAAUUCAGAUGCGUGCUAAAGAGACGCCAAAAACAUCCCCAAUUUCUUAAUGACUGAUAUACAAUAUUUAUUUAAUUUGUUUAAUUCGGGCCGAUAUGCAAUAACAUUAUGAUUCUACAUGAAUUUGAAGAAAGAAGAGAAAAACUAAUAUUUACAUUACAGAAUGGCUAGCGUAGAGUUAAGUUGGUCUUGAGGGUGGAAAUGUCCGCCCAUUCUGACGGUUUGUUUGGGAUAUGACAAUAGAUAUUGUGGUCAAAAAAAUCGAAACUUAUGUAGGACUUUAUUCGGUAUCUAAAGCAGGUGUUUUCAGUUUUUAAGCGAAAUUAGAUUCAAAGACUCAUUGCCAGGCCAACUCAACUCUCCACAUGCCAAAAUCCAACUUACACGUAGCAAAGAAGCCAAACUUUUUGGAAUAUUUCCAAAAUUUGCUUUUCGUUUAGUUUAUGAAAUGUUUUUUGUUUUGGUGUAACAUUUUGGUGCUAAAACGGUGCAGUUUUUGACUAUCCUCUACCCAAGCACUCUCUCCCUGUCCUUAUCGCAUUACUUCCUUUUGUUGCUAUUAACAUUAUCAUUAUUAUUAGUUUUUAUUUAGUUUUUAUAUUUUCUUUCUUCAGAGUUAUUAUUGUUCGUCGCCACUUAAUCACUUUUUACUUCUAAGCAACCUGAAGAGUUGAAAAGGAAACGUAUAAAUAUUUAUUUCCAUUUAUUUAUCUUUAAUUCUAAGUAAUCUAGUUCACAGACAACUAUUUUCAGAUAAACAUUUUUUUCCAUUGAAUGAGAAACAAAAAGUUAAGUAAGUCAAAAAGUAUGAAGAAAAAAUAAAGUACGGAAUGAUCGAAAUGUUAUUUAUUGAAAAGUAUGUAAGCAGUCGUUUAAUUUAUUAUUUA